UCCAUGACGCCGGCAUUGCCUCGCAAGGUAAAAAGUUCACCUUCACCUCAGCCUAGUUCGUCUGUUUUGGACGAUCUGAGCACUCUCAUCGAUGGAGACCUUUUCUCCAAGCAGCCACCUGUUCAGACGUUCAAAACCGUUAAACCUACCCUAAACGACUUGUGCACGUCAACUACGGUACCCAAUGUCUCUAUAAGUCCUCUGGAUAGCCUAGGAAGAUCUAACUUUGAGGCCGAUCUUCUAUCAAUAUUGCCUGAGAGGAUAUCAUUUGAUCCGAAUUCAGUGCAGCUAGCUAAUGUGCCUCCGAGAACGGUGCUUAACAAACAAAAUAUUCUUAUCCUGCUUUAUAACUGCGUUCCUCAAGCCCAUCAAUCAGCACGAAGUUUUAUUGUCGCAAUUAUCAACACAAAUGUAGAAAAAUUACGACAUCUUCGGCUUACAAUGAGCACCGCUAACAAGAAAGCCUCCGUCAGACUAGAGGACAAAGGUGCUUUGGAACUGGCCGGUGUCACGCCAAAUUCGCCUAUCGCCACCGCAUUUCUGAUGCUUUGUGUGUUACCGCUGGAUGAUAUACAUGAGGUCGACUUGGACUUUUCAUUGACUUACACGCUGCAGUUCGAGAGAUCUAUCACGGGCAAUAUUAUCGUAGCGCUUUGA